GAAAGCGACUUCAAAGAACAUUCCGAGGGGAUGGCUGUCAAUCGAAAUUAACUAACGCUGAUUGCUGCAUAGACAGUCGAGACAAUUACGUUUUAGCCUCGUUAUCAAAACAUCAGCAGUCCGCAGCCGAAGCAUCCGCCGGCCAUUUCAAUAAUCUGUGACUGAUAACAGGCGAAAGCUUUUUGCGAGGCGAAGGCUAAAGCCCGCAAGGAGCUUUCUGCGAGCAGUACGACUACGCUACUGGUGACAGCAUUUAUAGCAUAUGGUAGUAAUCUAUUCCGCAGCGACUACCAUUAGAUAUCCUGGCGUUGUGAGAAUCAGUUGGAACCUGGCGAGCAAGGCGUUAGCUGCUGCUGCUACCAUUUCAUGUGUAUCGACCGAAUCCAGCUAAACAUAGGAUAUCAUAUCAAGGCUUUAAGAUACAUUUUCCGUGUGCUCCCAUUGGAUGUGUUAUAAAUAAUAAAUAAAACAAUUAACAAUUAUGUGGCGCGUUCGUAAGACGUAGAGAUUUCGAAUUGACGCUGCUCUAUUAAGAACUACUGAAUAACCGAACUCUUUGUAACCCAACAAUUUGUCGGCCCGAAACAUUGCAUUGCUAUUUAGUCGUGGAACUGACAAGCCUGCCUGAACUGAAGAAUACGCGAAAAGUCAUUCGACUAAAGGGAGAUUUAAAAUGGUAAUGGUAAGCUCGGCUGUCUUGGGUGCCGCGGCUGGCACUGGUCUGGCGCUUCUGCUGGCUGUAACUAUAGUUAUGUACCGUUAUUAUCUGCUGCGUAGGCGUGGUAAGGAGUGGGACGAGCUGGAUCGCUGGGAAGAGACGCGUAUCAUGCGUAAAUUGCAAAUGAAGGAAGUCAACAUUUCUAAGGAGUCACACACAAUACAACCGGCCACACAGCUUCAUGGCAUCCCGUAUGUACCGACCAAUCCGAUUCCAUCUGACAUUUUGCGUGGUCCUGCUGAGAUAUUUCACAGCCCGUUGCACUUGCACCAUCAGAGCCGUUCCUUUCCACCGCGUCUACAGCGCACACCCUCAAUAUCCAGUCAGAGCAGUAUGGAUAGCGCUCCGUCCCGGCAGUCGGGACAUCGCGGAUCUUCACCCCAAAUAAGGACGUUUGGUCCCGACGGACGAAGUUCUCUUCCGAGUGAUUCAGCGUUUCCCCACCAUCUGGCCCGUUCGCCCAGUCCCAUGCGAACUAUUUCGCUGGAUGCUCGUUGCAGCAGCCCGGCUUCAGCUGAUGUAAGUGUUAUGCGGACCCCAAGCCCCUCCCAGAGCAGCCUAGCCUCUUUAUCUGGUGGGGUCGGUGUUGGAUCUGCACCGAAUAUGGUUAUGACUGGUGGUGCUGGAUCUGUUGUUAGCAAGGGCAUGAGCAUGAACGUGAAUACUGGUCGCUGCCUGUCCCCACUGCUCAUACCUCCACGUCCUCAGCCCGGCAUUGACCCAACUGUGGGUCCGGCUUCGCCUCUGGGUGCCCUACAACCGGACCUAUACCGAAUGCCCGAUGGACCGAUCUACCUGACGGCCCCCGAAACUAGCCAUGCUGUGGGCCGUUUGCACUUGCGGGUAAAAUAUGAUUACCACCUAUUCGAUUUAACGGUUCACUUAAUAGAAGCGCACAAUUUGAGUUCCAUUGAGGAGGGCGGCUUCAGGGACCCUUACGUGCGUCUGAUGCUUCAGCCAGAUGUAGAUAAUCGCAAGCGUCAAACACAUAUACACCGCGGCGAGUCGAAUCCAUACUUCGAUCAGCAUUUCAAGUUUCCGGUUUCCCGUGAUCAGCUGCAGGGCAAAGAGCUGGUCCUGCAGGUUCUCGAUUACGAUAGAUACUCGCACAACGACAUUAUUGGUGAAGUUCGUAUUUCGGUGGGUGGCCUAGAUCUAUCAAAGUCCGUCGAGAUAUGGGGCGACUUGCUGCGCACCAAGAAACCUAAAGAGGAUCGACCAGAACUGCUCUGCUCCUUGAACUUCCUUCCACAGGCAGAACGUCUGACCAUUGUAAUAAUGAAAGCCAGAAACUUGGAUACUAUUCAGGAGCCGUAUGUCAAGAUAUAUCUGAUACAAAACGGAAAGCGCAUAAAGAAGAAAAAGACAAGCAUUUCAAAAUCCGAUGACCUAAGCAAUCCCAUUUGGAACGAGGCAUUUACAUUCAAUCUACAAUCAAAUUACUUACAGAGCUCCGCCAUUGAGAUCUAUGUGGUUGGUGCGGGUAGCGAAGCAACUGAAAUCGGCUGCUUUGGACUUGGCCCCCAGGAAAGUGGAACUGGUUGUCAGCACUGGCACGACAUGAUUAACAAUGCACGCAAGCCCACAGCCAUGUGGCACUACAUUCGUUAAGAAUGGCUUUAACAUAAAUAUGUUUCAGUAUCAAACAAACAGACAAACAAAAACAAAUUCAAAUCUUCAUCCAGCGGUUUUCAAAGUACAAAUCUCACCUGAAAAAAACAAUAUAUACUGAUUUCCAUUUUUAAUGAGUUCAGGGUGUAACAAGAGCGCAAAACCAACUUCAUCGAGCGGUUUUCAAAGUACAAAUCUCACCUGAAAGCAAGAGCUGAAAACCAGCCUAGGGAUAUCUGAAGCGUUACGCAUAGCUAUUUCAGAUAUAUGCCAUUAUUUGCUAAUAAUUAUAAUUUUAUAGGCUUUUUCCUAUGGUGUCCAAAGUUUAACCCUAUAUUCCUAUUGCUAUAUAUAUACGCAUAUAUUCUAUAUUUACUUAACGACAAAUACACAAGCUCAACCAAAAAGUUCCUACGGUGCACGAACGAAACGAGCAGCCAACCUUCAUUCAAUCUACAUUCCGGACUCAAUUUAAAGAAAAGGAUACGAAAAAGGACCCGAUCCGACUGAAGUAAGAAUGGGGCAUGUCAGCGGAGUUGUUGACAUUUUGGUUCGCUUUGACGAAGAGAAUUCAAGUGUGCAUUUCUUUAAUAAUUAUGAAUAUGAAAACAUUUCAACGGCAUUUCGUUAAGUCUCAAACGGUCGUCAAUCACCGACCCUUGAAAUUUGCUUAGACCACAGCAACAGACUGACGGACUCCUUUGUAGCGGCGACAGUUGACAAAUUGCUCCUGCUGUCCUUUUCGAAGCGUCAGUAUGAGUUGCACCCAUGUGCGAGCGCAUUGUGUGUGUACGCCAUUGAGUGAGUGCCAAUGGUUGACAGUUUAGAGUGCAAGUAGGCAACCUACGUGCUAUAACUAACCAUACAACGUAAAAAUACAAAAGAAAGUUUUACAAUCGUUUGCCACUGACUUUCCAAAGCAACUUCAUGCGCAGCAUUUGCUGCUCUGACAGUCCUCAUAGCUCGCACUACGCUAUGCACGAAUGGCAAUCAAACUUCCAAAGAGAAGCUCUGCUAAUAUAUAACACCAUCGCAUUUUCGACUCGCGCUGUCGCGCACAAUUAGAUUCGAUUGGUUGUCCGUGUUUUAGCAUUUAGGCAUAUGCAGAUACAUGAAUUUGUCUGCGUUCUCCUUGUUACUGCAAUAUGCUGAAUCUUCUUGAUUAAGUCCAGCUAUGGCGUAUGUAGGGAUGGUAUGUGGUUAGUGAUACUAUGCAAUAAAUGAAACGCCAAGAACUUCAUGCAAAUGGUUUACUUAACAGAAUGUUCCUUUCAUUGCAAGCAGCGCACCAUUUGGUAAUUAUUACGAAUAUUCCAUAUACAACGAUAGACACGUAAAUCCUUUACUAUUUGUCGAUGUUAACUACAUACAUAAAUACUAACAUACAUACAUGGAUAUAUGUAUGUUGCAUGUACAUGAAUGUAGUUUAUAAGAAAAUAAUUGAAUUAUUUUCUCUACUCCAACAAUAUUAUUAUUCUAUUUUUGAUGUUGUACUAUUAUUGGAUGUAUGCAGGACAAGCUUACUGUAAAAUAUAUACUAUAUAUAUAAGCUAUACAUAUGAAUACCUUUCAUGUAAACACGUUUAUAUAAGCCAUUAAAAAAAAUAUAUAUAUAUAUAUGAAAACAUGUUAUAUAAAUAUAUGAUAUAUGCAUCACUUAUUAUCUUACUGCAACUGCUAUUGAUAAAACCAAAAGUUAAUUUAUAUUUAAAAGACUUGGAGAAAAUGUUCAUCCUAAACUAUAUAAAUAUAUAUACAUAUAUAUACAUAUAAAAUAUUGUAAUCUAAUACUUUUCUAAUGUCAUUUUAAAUAUGUAUUUGUAAAUCAAAUGUUUAGUUUCUCAAUUUUCCAAUGUAAAUUAAUAUUUUACAUAUGCAUAUAUACCUAUACAUAAAUAUACAUAAUAUCCGUAUGAUCAAAUUAUUCAAUAUAUAUAAUAGCUUAUAUAUACAUAUAACAUUGACAAAGAAAAACUCAUAAACUGAAAUACCUCCGACUUACCUAAUAUUGUAUUUAUAUCAUAACAUUGAACAAAUUCACAAAUAUAUAAUUAUAUAACAGAGAUUGUGAAAUAAAUUUCAUGGAAACAAUGGAAACUGUUUACACAAGAGUUUACUAUCUUGCUCUUCUGAAAAAUAAACCAAAAUAUCCUAAAAUAUACCAGCUAUUCGCAUAUUGAUGUGAACAAAAAUUGAUGUGAACAAUUUAUUUAUUAAUUAUUGAGUGAAUAAAUACACAGCACACACAAAUUUUAAAAACUUUUUUGUUAAGAAUUUGCCAAAAUAUUGAAGUUAACGUAAGUGUAAAAAAAAAAUCGAAAAUUUUCAGAUAUAUGAAGAAUAUCGACGGACGCAAAUAAAUAUGCCUAAACAAUAAA